ACAAUUUUCGUUGUAAUUACAAGGACAUGUUUGACCUUGAAUUUAAGGAAAACAUAUCUUGAUUUCUUGCUAAAUUCCCCUUUAAAUACUCCUUUGCUUUCUCUGAGCGUUAAGUAUGAGUGCUGCUGCAGAUCUUAAAAAUCAAGGCAACAAAUAUUUUGCUAAUAGAAGUUUUGAUUCGGCGAUUAAUUGUUAUUCAAAAGCUAUCUUGAAAAGUCCUAAUACAUCAACUUACUUCACAAACAGAGCAUUAUGUUAUUUAAAAAUGAAAAAGUGGGAUUUAGCUCAACAAGAUUGUCGUCGUGCCUUAGAUUUAGACAGAUCUUUGGUGAAAGGACAUUUUUUCAUGGGACAAGCCUUGGUUGAGCUUUGCUUGUAUGAUGAAGCUAUUGCAAGUUUGAUGAGAGCAAAUGAUUUAGCCAAAGAACAAAAGUUAAACUUUGGAGAUGAUAUAGCAGGUGCUCUUAGAAUGGCCAAGAAAAGAAGAUGGAAUGCAAUAGAAGAAAAACGUAUUAAAGAGGAAAUAGAAUUACAGUCUUAUAUAAAUAAUCUCAUUAUUGAAGACAAAAAGAGGAAACUGGAGAAACUUUGUGAAGAGACCUCUGACCAAGAAAGUUUUACAGAAGUACAGAAUGCAUUAGAAGAAGAUAAUGACACAAGAAUAAAAGAUGUUAAUGAGUUAUUUUCCCAGUUAGACCACAGACGAAAGACAAGAGAUGUUCCUGAUUAUUUAUGUGGGAAGAUAAGUUUUGAAUUGAUGAGGGAACCAGUCAUUACACCCUCAGGAAUAACAUAUGAUAAAAAGGACAUUGUGGAACAUCUACAGAGAGUUGGCCACUUUGACCCAGUAACUCGUACAGAUCUGACACAGGACCAGCUGAUUCCAAACCUUGCAAUGAAAGAAGUAAUAGAUACAUUUUUAGAGGAAAAUCCCUGGGCUGAAGAUUAUUGAAAUAUGUAGUGUGUUAAUUAAUCAAAUUAAGAAGUAAUUUAUACAUUAAGUAUACUACUCCAGAUUAGAGGCAAUGAUAUCAUCAGGUUCUGUGAAAAAACAGAGAUGUUAAGUUUCAUCAUAAUCAUAAUCAUAAUGGUCAUUGUCAUCAUAAUCAUUAUCAUCUUUUUCAUUAUUACCAUUUUUAAUAUUUUUAUUGUUUUCAUUAUCACUCAAUUGUGUUUUUAUACACCAAUCAAAGCCAGGAUGUUUUAUGGUAUACCAUUGUCCAUCCAUCCCUCCAUCAUCAUUUAGUGUGCUACCUCAAAUUUGCUUGAACCAUUAGUACUAGUAUUGAUGGAAGAAUGCGUCCUAUUUCCUUUUCCUUUUUGGCAUAUUGCAUACAAAGUCACAAACCACAAAACAAGUCAGUGUUACAGCAAGUUAUAGCUAUACUGUAAGCUUUGCAUUUGUAGGGAUAGGUAUUCACAUAUAACACAUUCUUCUAUGAUAAAUAUUCAGUUCAGGUAAUAUCACCUGAUUAUAUCUCAAAUAAUUUUAAAACUUAAAAAAAGUAUCUAAUUUAAGUCUCUAAGUCCUGCUUAUAUUUAGAUAUAUUUUGAUUGAUUUGCUUUCAUUUUGUAUGUAAGAUAAAAAAUAGAGAUGCUGUACAUUUUCUAUUGAUAUUUUCCUCCUAUACAUGGUAUGAAUUUAAAUAUAGAUAUAGUGUGUUUUUAAUGAAAGAACAAUAACAGAUAAUAAAGUAAUAUGCCAAAUUCUCAAUAUACCAAUUUAAGUUCAUACACAAUAAGAAAAAUCACACUGAAUUUGAGCUGAUAUUUCAAUGUCUAGUACUGAUUUCCUCUUGAUUAAAUUUUUCUGUUUGUGAUGGUCUUAAAGAAUUAAGUGAUUCAGUCUGACACAACCAAAAUUUAUCUAAGAAAGUCAAAUAGAGAUGUUCAAAUACCCUCUAAAACUGUUCAGUAAUUAUAAUAUACUUCAAUUGAUUUUCUUGGGUAACAUGACAAAAAUGCAUUUUUUUGUAAACUUUAUAUCCACCUUUAUUGUUUCUAGUCAUAACAAGCAUUUAUUUAUCACAUCUAUCACAUGUAAAAAGUUUCCCCUUAUAUCAAAGGAAGUUUUACAUUUGAAAAAAUGACAAGGAAAGUAAAAAGUGUGAGGUUUGAUGUGUAUGAAAUAGAUAAUCAUUGUACACUGACUUUCUGUUAAGAAAUCAACUUAAGGUGGUACCUAACACUACAAGAAGAUAACUCUGUAAAAUCAGCAGAACGUAUUAUUGACGUUAUGUUCAUUAGGGAAUAUUAAGCUUCUGAAUGAUCAAAAUAAGUGUUUGUCAAACUUCUUUAUAACCAGUGUAAUUUUUGUGAUAAAAUGGUUGGUUUAAAUUUUUUGAAAUUUUUAUAUUUUUGUUAAAGGGUCAAAGCAAAUUCUUUGUCAAAAUUUUAAGAAAAUUAAACGAGCCAAAUUAAUUUCAGUUAAAGUGUUAGGUACUACCUUAAAAGUAACCAAAUAACUGAGGAUUGGAAGAAUCUGAUUGGACCCAUGAUUUCUGUUAAUCUCUUAAGUCAUCUAUUGCCCCAAUUAGGUUGUUUUCAAUACAAAAAGUAAUGAUUAUAGUAUAAUUCACCCUCACACUGUCACAGUACAAGGUUGUUCAUAUUUUUGUUUUUAUGUUAGAUAUUUUAGCACUGCAUUUGAUAGGUAUACCUGGCCUUCUUGAAAAAAAGAAAGAUAAUGAUACAAAUGUUUGUCAUGGGUGGAACAAAUUUAAAGAUACAUGUACUAGGCUUUUAAUGCAAAGGAUGAAUAAUCUUGGUCAUUGAAGUGAAGAAAAAAGAAAAAAAGUUCAUAGAUUUGUAUUCAUCUUCAUUUCUGAUUGUAAUGUGUUAUGUCUAUUACUGUGUUAACAUGCUUAAGACUGAAUGAUUUGUGUCUUAACUUAUUGAUACGUGUGAGAUGUGUGUGUUGUAUAUGUUUGAAUGUAUUUGUGUAAGGAGUAUGAAUAUUCUUAUUUUUCCAUCUGUGAUAUUAUGUAUAUUGUUAUAUAAAUAUUAAGAAUAAAGGCUUUAGAAACUAUAAA